ACGGCGCAUGCGUCACCUAACUGCCCGCCGCUUCCCCCCUCUUUUCGAUUCGAGUUACGCCCAAGAAGUUACGCCUACUUUGGUUGUUUUGGUUUUUGGUUUCUAUUUCCGUGAAUGUCUUGAAUUGAAGUUCGAUUUUGGUCUGUAAAAGUAAAGGAGUGAAAAUGGGUUCUGAGCAGGAGGCUAACUACACCGUGUACGGCACGCAGCUCGAGGAACUGACCGAGGAUGAUCUUUGGGCUAAAAAGCCGAUCCCCAUCGAGGAGCAGAUCGCGACUGACAAGCAGGGCCGUCGUCGCUUUCACGGUGCCUUUACGGGCGGCUUCUCGGCCGGCUACUUCAACACCGUCGGCUCAGAGGAGGGAUGGACGCCGACCACCUUCAAGAGUUCCAGGGCCGAAAAGGCCGCAGCUAAAUUCGCCCAGCAGCGCCCUGAGGACUUCAUGGAUGAUGAGGACCAAGAGGUCUUUGGAAUUGCACCAAAGGUGCUCAGGGCGCGGCAGGAGUACAAGAAGGCCUCCACCACUCGGUCAGCGACAACGACAGGACUGCUUGACUCUCUUUUGAAGCCCGUCAGGGACACGGUGGGCGUGGUUCUGCUUAAGAGGAUGGGUUGGAAGCCUGGACAAGGGGUUGGACCUAGACAAACUGCCCAAGAGAAGAAGCAGCGCCGCAAACUGGUCAAAAAGAGUCAGAAAGUGUACGGCUGCGCCAUGGGUCCGCAGCGAGAAGAGUCUGAAGAGGAGAGCGAAGAGGGCAGUGACCUCGAGGAAGUGACCUUUGCCCCUGAUGACCUGCCCUCUUUUCCAGUUGCCCCUAAAACCAACACCUUCGGCAUGGGCUACGUAGGGCUGGACAAGAACUCGCAGCUCUUCUCCUCAUCAGGCCACUUUUCACUCUUUGAACCACCUGAAGCCGUCAUGAACGCCAAAAAGACGGGCAUUGGAAUCAAGGGACAGGCUUUUGGAGUGGGUGCCUUCGAAAAAGAGGACGAUGACAUCUACGGAGGUGAUGACAUGACUAGAUACGACUUUUAUCUUGAGAGCACCGCCGAGAGCAAAAAGCGCAGACUGAAAGAAAAAAAGGAAGCCUUCGAGAAGAAAAAGCGGCAUGGCGAGUCAAGAUGUUUGGAGAACUUUGCAUUGGCCUCCCAAAAAAUAUCCACCGUCAAAUUUUACCCUCCACCGUCAAUUCCAAAGCACUUUGUUCCCAAACACGGCGUCAAACAGAGCAGGUUUUCUGAACUGAAACCUGAAGUGGCAGAAAGGUUAUCUCAGCCAAAGGGUAGGCACGACCUGACGGCCAAGGAACGAGGGAUUUUGGUCGGAGAGAUGGAGAAAAGGGUUGAGACCCUGGCUGCUCCCAAACCAAUGCCUGUACUUGAUUUUGAAGUUGUUCCAACGGAGCUGAAACCAGGGCAGUUCAACCCUUUUUCACACAACCCUGAAAAGCUCGUCAGGUACCAGCAGUUCCUGACUCUAAGGAAAAUGAAGCAAACUGACAAGUUUGUGUGUUUGCAACCACAAGUGAUGACUGAGUGGGAGAAGACUCGGGAGCAGGAUGAGUUCGAGCAGGCAGCCGUUUUGUACCAGCCCCUGUCAGGGCAGAUCAGCGACCGCUUUGUGUCCUCGGCCACUUUGAUUGGCAGCGAGGAAACACCACGCAUGGAUGUGCAGAAGCCUGUAGAGGAAAGCGUUCAGGCAGCAAAACAGAAAAUGUUUGGUAAAAUGACAAGGACGACUGAACCGUGGCACCCGCACGCUUUGCUCUGCAAGAGGUUCAACGUCCCCGACCCCCACUCAGGAUUGGCACCAACAAACAACCGCAAGCGUCCAAACUUUUCUGUGUUUGAUUUCCUCGCAGCCCAACCUGUGCCCGUUGAAGAAGUGCAAAAGCCUCCUGAGGAUUCGAAGAGGCCGGUGGAAGUGCCGAAAGCAGCCUCCUCGGCAGAACCUCCAGCAACAUCCAAAGAACUGCCAGCCCAAAAGCCUCCCGAGGUUUUUACAACGGAGAAAAUGAGUGUUGAGGAUAAAAUGGAUUUGUUCAAGUCUGUGUUUCUGGACAGCAGUGAUGACGAACAGGAGGCACCCCAUCAAAAAGAACCAACUCCGCCCCCGGCUCCAAAGAGGCCAAGGUCACCUCCGAAGGGUGUUUUCAAGACAUUGGACCUGAUCGCCCCAAGGGAAAAGCCUCCACCUGCACAGGUAGAGAAACAACCUGAAAAGCUUCCUGAGCCCAGUUCCAAUUUAUACGGGCCGGCAUUGCCUCCGUCACUACCUUCCGCCACCACUUUUAUUGCUCCAAUUGUGGACAGUGCUUCCGCUUCCAAGACUGAUUUUGGUGGGGAGUGGGUGGAAAAGGCAAGUGAUAAACAACACAAGAAGCACAAGAGAAAGAAGAGCCGGUCUCAAAGUAGGGACCGCAAAAGGAGGAAAGGUAGCGAAGGGGAUGACCAAAGACACAAGAAGAAGAAGAAGAAAAAACACAAGCACUGAAAUAAAUAAAGAGAGCCACAUUUUUUAUUAAACAAAAGUCUAAACCAUUUUAAUAAAUAAUUUAUUUCAAAUUUCGUCCUGAUUAAAAAUAACAUGAAAUUUGAUGAUAUUUCUGAAGAUUAUACAAUUAUAAUUAUUUAAGUUUUUGAUUAUUUUUAAAACUCCAUUUUCAUAUUUAUGUGCUUUAGGUACACCAAAGAAUAGUUCAGUUUUACAC